CAUGGUCAGCCAAACGCUCGCUGUAAGAAUUUCCCACCGAUAUGUAUAAGUCUUGAGAUAUCAAGACUGACUGGAGGUCUAGAAAUACAUAUCACAAUUCUAAUGACGGUUGUGCAGCGUAAUUAUUGAACAAGAUGUUGUCUGCCAACCAUUUCCUCUUGAUAAACUCCACCUUUGCUUCGACGUCAUUAACUUGACCUCAGCCCAUCACCGCCGUUAGACAUGCAACAAACCUAUUUCUUGCGAGCUCUGCUUUCAACUUCAUCAAGAGAAACAAGAUUCAUAAAUAUUAGAACUAGAUCCAUCAUGACAAACGUCGACACUUCUCUACCUCCAGAACCAACUGGCGCAGCCGCCAAGUUUGCUGCUCAGCAUGCUGAAGAGCAUCCGCUGAAGCUCUACGGAGGCUGGUUCUGCCCUUUCGUCCAACGAACUUGGAUCACUAUUCACGAAAAGAAGAUUCCUCAUCAAUAUGUAGAGAUCAACCCAUACAAGAAAGAGGCUCACUUCAUGGCCAUGAAUCCCCGUGGAUUGGUCCCUACUCUUGCAGUACCCGUUGACCCGAAGGGCAAGCUGCAGAAGCCUCUGUUCGAGAGCAACAUCAUUUGUGAAUAUCUCGAUGAGGCGUUCACGGACGAGUCUAAGUAUGGGCCUCGACUUCUUCCUACCGAUUCAUAUGAGAGGGCAAGAUGUCGUAUUUGGAUCGAUCAUAUCAGCACACGCAUCAUUCCCUCAUGGUACAAGCUCAUGCAGCACACUCCCGACAAGCCUUUUAGCCUUGAUGAGGCAAGAGAAGAACUGAGAGGACGCAUCAAGUCUCUAGUUGAGGAGAUGGACCUUGAAGGCCCAUGGUUUCUCGGCUCGACUCUGAGUCUCGUGGAUGUUUGCUUAGCACCAUGGGCGAAGCGCCUGUUCUUAAUUGAUCACUACAAGGAGGGCGGCCAUGGUAUCCCGGAGUCUGGCGAAGGUAAAGAUGGGGAGAUUUGGAAGAGGUGGAAGAAGUGGUAUGAUGCAAUUCUCAACCGUGAUAGUGUGAAGGAGACCUGGAGUGCAGAUGACCGAUACAUCAUUGCGUAUAAGAGAUAUGCCGAGGAUACUACCAACUCUGAAGUUGGUCAGGCUACGCGUUCGGGCAAGCGUCUUCCUUGAGGGGUUUGAGUAGCGACUAUUAGAGAUAUCCAGUUGCAAACAUUGUGAUUUCGGCUUUGAAUCAACUCGGGUAACUUCUCUCUUACAUAUACCUCUUAGCGCCAGAGCAUGUUUCAUUUUACCCCUUCACAUAGUACAUUAAAGCUGAUAACUAUGAAUAUAAGCCACAUGCACGCCGAGGAUACUUUCCCGGUUUCCAUAGUUUAUCGUCAUCACGACGUCUAAUUUUCGUUCGUAGACUGUACGCAGUUGUGGCUUGAGA